AUGUGCUACACCUGCAGGACCAGUGUGAUCGGGUACGACACCGAACCCAGAGUUCUGGAGGAGUUUGAACUGCCAUCACUCCUUUGCUGUGAUUCUGUAAUUUCUGAGACUCGUUUUUCAUCUCUGCUUCUUCACGUCAGUCACUCCGCCCACAAAUACCCCAGUGUGCACUUCUUCAACUGUGCACCUGUCAGAGCACAAGUAGGCAUCAUGAAUGGGCGAGCGAUCCCCAACCCCCCACACACCCAGGCACCCCUCUCUCUACCCCCGCACAUCCCGCCCUACUCCCGAGCGAAUGGACCUGAUAAAGCAUUCUUGAAGGCACAGCAGGAGGUGGACCUGUUGAAUCACUGCUUCGAGGACAUUGAAGUGUUUAUGGGGAAACUGCAAAAGACAGCAGAGGCUCAGAGUGUCCUGGAACAGAGGAACAAGAGGAGGAAGAGUCACCGCAAGAAGAGUACUGAAGAUAACCUCUCUCAUGAGAAAGCCAAAGCUCCUCCUGAGGCUGAGUUUAUCCAGAUCUUCCAGAAAUUUAAAUACAGCUUCAUGUUUUUUGGGUUUCAGGCCAGAUUAAAAGCAGCAAUUUCUAACCCCUCAUCGGAAGACCUAAUACACCACCUCUUCAAACCACUGGAUUUGAUAGUCAAAGCUACAGGUGGCCCAUCAUUAGCCACAUCAGUUACAAGCCCAGCACUGACAACUGGAGCAGUUGACCUCCUGAAGAACACAAUCACCCUACAGGAACACACACUAUGGAACUCACUGGGACCGUACUGGACCUAUCCACGGUCAAUGCUGCGUGGUCCAAUACCUCCAUACUCUCCUGUGUUCCUGGAUGGCUGGCGGCUCCCCGGGUCAGAGGUCGAGGGCUGGGUCGAUCCUGUCGAAGCCCAGCACAGCAAGGAUGCUGAAAGAGAGAAGGUAAACAUGACAAGGACAAACGAGCGAGACAAGACGAGACAUACCUCAGCGAAGACUCCUGUCCAGAAUUCAGAUGAAAUAGAUGGUGGCGUCCCACUAAAGGAGAGACAUUACCGCUGCAGUUAUGAUUUUGUCGCUCGAAACAGCAGUGAACUGUCAGUACUGCAGGGAGAGACCCUGGAGGUGAUUGAGUCGUCCAAGCGUUGGUGGAAAUGUCGGAACAGGUUUCAUGAGGUCGGCUUUGUGCCAUUUAACAUUCUGGAGCCAGUAACUCACAUAGAGAGUCCUAAGGCUCCAGCUCUGCCUUCUCUAAUGAAGACCACACCCAUGGCUCCACCAAGCCCUCAUGCUGUGACCUCUCACCCCAACUCCCAACGACCUCGCAGCAUUGCCUUAGCUCCACAACACCUGCCUGACGACACAGAGAAAGUAAUGCAGGUGAAUGAUGAACUAUUGCAGAGGCUGACCAAUGGGAAGGCAGCGACUCCUCGUCCGUUGGUCAUCCCUCGUUCGGUGGACACGUCUGUUCCACUCGACUAUCACUCACCCCCUGCUGAAGUGGAGGCUUGGCUACACGGAAAGGGCUUCAGUGACCCGACAGUGCAGUGCCUCAGAGUGCUGACAGGAGCUCAGCUUUUCUCACUGAAUAAGGAGGAGUUACGCGCUGUUAUUCCUGAUGAGGGCGCCAGAGUGUACAGCCAGCUCACCGUACAGAAAACCCUGCUGGAGGAUGUAAGAAAAGCAACAGAGUUGGAGACUGUGAUGGAGAAACAAAAGAUGAAAGUGGAUCUAAAGGCAGAGAGCGGAACUCUCUAACACACACACACACACACACACACACAUUCACACACACAUAUACAAACACCCACACCCACAUAU